AUGCCUGGCCUCGAGAAUCAUUCCUUCAAUGGCGGCGCUCCACACAAACCGCCCCCCAUAAUCAUCGCCGGCGGUGGCUGCGUAGGGCCUUUCCUCGCCUUUCUCCUCUCGAAAUCGGCAAUACCGAAUCCCGUCAUUGUCAUCGAGCCACACCGUCCGAAUCGCAGCGAUACAAAGGCCAUGGCGCACCAACCUCAUGUUUUUCCGCUAUUUGAAGCCGGGGGGUUGAUGCCGGAUCUCGCGCAGCUUGGGUCCUUUUCUGCUGGGCUCUGUUUCCGAACUUCAGUCGCAAACGACUCGUUAAUAAUUGCGGGAGUGAAGUUUCCGAGCCCUGAAAAAAGCGUGCUGCUGCUUCCGCAGUGGAAGUUCCAAAACCUGCUGAUGGAGAAGCUGGAAGCGGCUGAGAACACCAAGGUGCGUCUAGGUCAAGCCGUUGAGAGAUUCGAGCAAUUGGAAGAUCACGUAGCGGUCACAAUCGUUGAUGGGGAGGGGAAAGAGGAGGUGAUACAAGCUGCAUAUCUGAUUGGCGCGGAUGGAGCAAAAAGUCACAUUCGCAAGAUGCUCGGCGUAGAUUUUGUGGGCGAGACAUUACCGGCGCAGCUCGUCGCUACCGAUACCAGGUUUCCCUUCCAUGAACACGGUUUCUGGGAUGCCAACUUCGUCAUUGACCCCGUGGACUACGGACUUAUUGGACGUAUCGAUGAUGAGGGUUUGUGGCGCGUAAGCUACGGUGUACCUCCCGGCAUGACUGAAGAUGAGAUUCGAGCAGGCGUGCACGAGAAAUUGGAGAGACUACUUCCGAAUGCGGGGAAGAAUGCGCAAGGGGAACGCAUGUACGAGGUUGUUCGAGUCGCGCCAUACAAGGUACAGCAAAGGGCAGUUGAUACGUUUUGGGCGAAAGGAGCAAGAGUAGGUCUUUGUGGGGACGCCGCGCAUUUGACGAAUGCAUAUGCCGGCUUGGGUCUUGCAUCCGGAAUCGCAGAUGCUGGUGCUCUCGCGCAAGUACUCGAGCGAAUUCUAACAGGCCAGGCGACUAACCCUGAAGUGCUGUUGUCGGCUUGGGGAGAUGCUCGAAAAGACAAAUUCUUGAAGUCUGUAGAUAAGCCAUCGAGAAUGGCUUAUGCAAGGGUCAAAUCAAAAGUUGACACCGUGGAGGAGAUUGAGGCCCUUCUUACUCAAGAUCCACUGUUGAGUCGGAUGAACCAAAAGCAGCCCAUGAUGCCACUAAGCUUGAUCACAAACUGUGAGGAAUUGGAAGGUUGGUGA